AUGCCCAAGAUUGGCUCGCCAUCAUCCUCGGUCAAUUUGUCUCUGAGUAAUCAUGAGCGUUAUGUCCACGGGGCAAAGACUGGAAUUGCCCUCAUGUCACGCAACCUGGUCUCCAAGGCUUUAAACAGCCAGGAUGGACAUUCAGACACACGAGAUCAGGGACCCUGCGUCGAGGAUCUGAAAAGGAAAAGACCUGAUCACGAUAAUGUAUGGCCCACGUGA